GCUUCCUCUUCGUCUUCUUCUUCUUUCUUCUUCCUCCUCCUCCUCCUCCUCUUCCUCUUCCACCCUCCUGUCCACACCUCGCUUUACCCCCUUCUCCACUCCUCCCCAGCUCUCGCCUUUAGCGCCAGCCUUCUCCAUUCUACCUUCUGCUCAACACACUCGAUUUCUUGCAUCCUCGCCCGUCGCAAAGCAAUCAUUCGCAAUGGCCGCCAUCGACAUGUCUCUCGUCGCACGCAGCGAAGCUGCCGUCUCUCACCUCAUCAAGCGCAAGAACUGGGCUGCCCGGGAACCCGGUGUCAUCCUUGUCUUCGCCAUUGUCGGUGCCGUUGCCAUUCUGUUGAUUGGUCUCUUCAUCUCGAAGAGGCUCGCCGCUCGCAAACCCGCCGCCGCAUAGAGAUACCCCGUGAUGCAAGAGAACGAAGCGGAAUUGGGCCAGUGUCCGGAGAUGCAGUAGAGCCGUGUGGAAUGAGCACGACGACGAGGCUUUUGUCCACAUGCAAUUGUGAGGGCGUGUGACCUGUACGAGGAAAAAGCAAAAAUCAAGAACCAAAGAGAUGGGAAUAUGGAGGGGACCUACUACCACUACCUUUCGAUAUCCGGCAGUCGCUUUCCUUUCUAC